AUGGCGGUAGGCGUUCGAGCUGAGAAUACGACGACCUCGAUAGGUAUUAGCGCGGUUGUGGUGAAAAACGUUCGAUCUAGUGCGAUGGAUAUUGAUGAGGAAAGGGGGGGAAGAGUACUCGGAAACUCAAAAGGCCCCAGAAUCUGCUCUCGAGAAUCAAAGCAACCGGAACCAUUCGUGGGACGCCGAAAACGAUUGUUAAUUUCAACUGACAGCGGGUUUGUCGAAAAUGUACUCCCAUCUUUGGCCCAACAUCCUGAGGUCGAACUCAGGCUGAUCACAGACGAACCAUCCGCCCUGCUCUCCGGUACGAAUAGGGUUCCUCAUUAUAUGGACACGGUGGACAGCAAAACAUUUGGGAAAGAAACCAGCGCGCGGAACUGGCUGAAGGCUAAGGCUGCAGAACUUUGCGAAUGGGCCGAUAUGUUAUUGGUUGCUCCAGUAGACGCGGGAACCCUAGGGUCGAUGCUAUCGGGGCUAACAAACACUCUGACGCUGGCGUUGUUACGCGGCUGGAUGUCGAAAAAACCUGUCCUCCUAAUACCAGGAAUGACAGUUUCAGAAUGGCAGCACCCGCUCACAGAGAGACAGCUGCGGGAGGUCCAUCGGUCUUGGCCUUGGAUCAGCAUCAUCUCGCCUGUCCUGUGGAGGUACAGUGCUCCCGAGGAGCUGAUCCAGUUACCCUGGGCUGGCUUGAAAGAGCUACACGAAACAAUUGAGCGAACAUUAUCUCUAUCCCUAUCCCAAGGUACAACCAGCCUUGCUCAUCCUACUGAAUCCCCAGCGCAACAAGUAGUCGUUUCGUCAGAGAAACCUUCCCCUGCAAACAUCACUUCGCUGGCCUCUCAAAUGACGCUUGGACCGAAUGCGCUUGAGAAAGGAUCCCCUCUUCUACCUAUGGAGUUAUGGUUGAAUAUCUUCGAGGACCAGUUGCAUGACUGGGAGAUUGCUAAAGCUGUGGGCAUCCCUACGAAUCUCCAAGUUCCCAAAGAGUGGCAAAGCCACCUCCUUAAGAUGUCAACCCCCGCUUCCCUGGAAUAUACAAUACUUAGGGGUUCAUUUGCCGCUAUUAAGAAGCGCAUUGAUAGUUUACCGCGCUGGAAACCUUUGUCCGACCUUGCGUGUCACCUCAUUUUCAAGUUCUCCCGAACAGAUAUACUCUCGUACCUCACGGAAAACCAUCUCGAUCUGCUGUGGACGACAUCCCGCCUGACUAACAUCCCAUAUCGUGCGUCCGCAAUUUAUGGGAACCCUAAAAUUCUAACUUGGUGGAGGGACGCGCCAGCCCUUCCAAAUAAGGAAUACAUCGCAGAUGCGAUGGACGGUGCUUCUCGUGCCGGAUUUAUCAAUGUCCUAGAAUGGUGGCGGACAUCCGGCCUUGAACUUCGGUAUACCGAGAGGGCCCUUGAAUCGGCUAGCGCCGAGGGCCGCGUGGCCGUUCUCGACUGGUGGAAGAGUGCGGCCGAUAAAGCUCCGGCAUACCGGCCCCUUCUCUUGAAAGUCGGAAAGUCAGUCCUCCUUGCAGCGCAGUCGGGCCGGACAGCCUCCCUUGCUUGGUGGGAUGCAUCAGGUAUCCCGUACACGCACGCCGAGUCAGUUGCCCGAAUUGCCAGCACACACGGCCACGUUCAUGUUCUGGACUUUUGGUACAGGCUUAAGGGUACCAAGAUGAUUUUUGACUGUCAGGUGCUGGUCGGACCAACCAAGAACGGACAUGACAACGUUCUCGAGUGGUGGCGACGAAGUGGCCUACGUGUCGAGUUCAAGACAUGCGACAUCGAAGAAGCCCUCGAAGAUGCUGACCCUGUGUCUGGUGCCGAAGAACGAGUUCGCCGGUGGUGGUCCCUGAAUGGACUCAAUCUUGGAGUCGGAACAAGCGAAUGGAUGAAGAUAAAAGUGCUGUAG